AUGUGUUCUCAUUAUUGUUUUUUGUCUGUUCAGUUGAUUGUUACUCCGCUGCUUUUUGUUGACCACAACGAAGAAGGAUGGGGAGAUUGGGAUGAUGAAGUGAGAGACAAGAAAGUGCUGUAUUUGAUUGAGCAGAUAAGGAAAUGUCAUGAAUUCACCAAAAAAGAGUGGCCUGGUGGCUAUGCUGAUCUAGAGCUCAUUUCUGUCAAUGAAAAGGAACGUGUUGUUGAACACAAGAAACAUAUAGUUAACAGGAAAAGGAAACAUACAGCAACUCCUUCUUCAAAGGGAACUCAAUCAAAAUCGAAAGUCGGUACUACAAGGCGAGGCAGGAAGCGUAAGUUUGAUUUGGUUGAUGAUGAUGAGGCAGAUGAUAUAAAACUGUGGGUGAAUUCGCAGUUGGAUGCUAUAAGACGUGAAUUUGCGGAGAGUGUUAAGAAGUUAAGAGCUCAGAAUGUGAAUCUUCUGAAAAAGAUCAAGGCCCUGACAUCUCUGAAGAUGCCAAAAUUUCAAUAUCACAAAUUCUCUCGCUCUAGACAGUCAUCUUGUCCUCCAUCCAGAAAAAUACAUAAAGCAGGUAAACACCCCAUUCUGUCUGAAUCUCCUGUGAAGGCUGCUGUAGAUGCUCAAAACAUCCGAACUCCCCCUUCAAGUCCAUUAACUUCAAUGCAUGAGGAAGACAAUUCAGCGUCAGGAGAACCUGCUAUGCUUGUUGAUGAUAUGACAUGGCGUCGAAUAACUUCUCAACAGUGUGGAAGGAAUUCUGGGAAUACUAACAUGGAUUCAGUUACUUCCCCUCGAAAAAGUCUGAAAGAAUCUCCAUCAAGGUAUUUAUCUGCUGAUAGCACAGAGGCUCCACAGUCUGAUCAACCCAUAUAUGACACUGAGUCUAAACUUACAGACGAGCCUCUGUCUUCUCCUCAACUUGCUGCUGUUUAUGAUACUACAAAGAAACCCUCUUCUAUUGAUGGAUCUGAGGAGAUCAACAUUGGAGACUUGGUCUAUGCGGAUAACGUUGACACAUUGGUUCAAUCAGUUUGCAAGUCUACAAGUCCUACUAUUGCUGCUGCAGAUGUGGAUUCCCUACCAUCACAAGAAGAGUUUCUUGCUGUUGAUUAUUCAAAGAUAAUCCCUCAAGAUGAUCAACCUGAUGCAAACAUUUCUGAUGAUAUUGUAUCAAAUUCUGAUAAACUUCAAAACUCUGAGAUAACCCCCCAAGAUGAUCUACCCGAUGGAAUCAAGUCUGGUGGUAUUGAAACAAAUUUUGUUUUGGUAAAACACUCGGAGAUUGAAACCACCUCUAUCUAUCCUCCCAAAAUUGACCCUCCUGUUCUCCAAGACUCUCUCAACGUCUCCAUUCAAGGCCCAGUUUCUCCAGUGACCAAGAUGGCCGCAGAUACUCAACAAGAUAAAGAUGUUGAUAUUGAAAAUGAUGAUGAUGAGGAUUCUGCAGUCAAAAGUGGAGAUGUUGUUGAUGUCAGUGAUUCAUCUCCUGCAAGAGAACGGAAGCCAACUACUUUGUCAGACAAAGAGGCCAAACUUGUUGAGUUGGUUCUAAAUCUUCCAAGAAACUCACCUACAAAACAGUAUGACCUGUUACCUCGUUUGGACAAAACAUUUUUCAAAGUGUUCAUGGACAUCCUUCGAAAGGCACCACAUACGUAA